GACAAAGAGCAGCUCUCCAGGCUUGCAGGACCAUUUCCUACUCCCAACUGAAAAACCUAGUUGACUCUAGGUUAUGGGCAAGUCAGAAAGUCAGAUGGAUAUAACUGAAAUGAACUCUCCAAAACAAAAGAAAAAACUACGAUGGAGUCCACUGGAAAUAGGACUUACUGUUGUAGCAAUUCUCCUUGCUAUUGUGGCUAUCACCAUGAUCGUUCUGUAUGCAACCUAUGAUGAUGGUGUUUGUAAAACUCCUGCUUGUAUACAAUCAGCUUCCCGAAUCAUUGAGAACAUGGAUGCUACUGCAGAACCUUGCAACAACUUUUAUCAGUAUGCCUGUGGAGGAUGGUUAAAGAAAAACGUCAUUCCAGAGACAAGUUCCCGUUAUAGUAACUUUGAUAUUUUAAGAGAUGAACUAGAAGUUGUGCUGAAAGAUGUCCUUGAGCAGGAAAAAAGUACAGAUAUAGAUGCUGUCAAGAAAGCAAAAACACUCUACAGGUCUUGUAUAAAUGAAUCUGCUAUCAAUAGCAAAGGAGGACAGCCCCUGCUCAGCAUCAUGCCAACGUUUUCUGACUGGCCUGUAGCAUCAGACACCUGGGACCAAGACUACGGCAAUGCAUGGACAGCGGAGAAGGCUAUUGCAGAACUAAAUGCUCUUUAUGGAAAAAUGGUCAUCAUGAAAGUAUAUGUUGGUACAGAUGACAAAAACUCCAUGCAACACAUACUUCAUAUAGAUCAGCCUGGACUUGGACUCCCUUCCCGUGAUUACUAUGAAUGCACUGGAUUAUACAAAGAGGCCUGUUCAGCCUAUGUUAAUUUCAUGAUUUCCGUAGCAAAACUGAUCCGUCAAGAAAGAAAACUUCCCAUCAAUGAGACCCAAAUUUCCUUAGAAAUGAAUAAAGUAAUGGAACUGGAAAAGGAAAUUGCAAAUGUUACAACCAAAGCUGAAGACAGAACUGACCCACUUCUGCUAUACAACAAAAUGACACUCGCUACUGUCCAAAAAAAUUUUUCUUUGGAUAUCAAUAAUAAGCCAUUCAGUUGGUCAGCAUUUAUAAACAACAUCAUGUCAACAGUGGCCAUUAAUAUCUCAGAUACGGAAUCUGUGGUCGUUUAUGCUCCAGAAUAUCUAACCAAGUUAAAAGCUGUCAUUAGUAAAUAUAGUGCCAGAGAAAUUCAAAAUUACAUGAGUUGGAGAUACAUAAUGGAUUUGGUUAAUAGUCUAAGCCGCGAGUACAAGGACACAAGGAAUACUUUCCGUAAGGUGCUGUACGGCACAACCUCGGACUCUGCGAUUUGGCGCCGCUGUGCGAACUACGUCAAUGGCAACAUGGAGAAUGCUGUGGGAAGGCUCUAUGUGAUGGAAGCCUUUGCUGGAGACAGUAAACACGUGGUAGAAGAUAUGAUCAAACAAAUCCGUGAGGUUUUUAUAAAAACACUGGAAGAGCUCACCUGGAUGGAUGCACCAACCAAACAGAAAGCAGAAGAAAAGGCUACUGCAAUCAGAGAAAGAAUUGGCUACCCUGAUGAGAUCCUAACAGACCCUGCUAAGCUGAAUGCAGAAUACAAAGAUCUGACCUACAAAGAAGAUGAAUAUUUUGGGAACAUGAUUGAAAACUUAAAAUUUGGCCGGAAGGAAAGGCUGAAGAAGCUGAGAGAAAAAGUGGAUAAGGAAGAGUGGAUCACUGGAGCAGCUGUAGUCAAUGCCUUUUAUUCACCAAACAGGAAUCAGAUUGUCUUUCCUGCAGGCAUCUUGCAACCACCUUUCUUUAGUGCAUCCCAGCCUAAAUCCUUGAAUUAUGGUGGUAUUGGCAUGGUUAUUGGCCAUGAGAUCACACAUGGAUUUGAUGAUAAUGGUAGAAAUUUUAAUCAGAAUGGAGACCUUGUAGACUGGUGGACUCAAGAAUCUGCAAAUAAUUUUAAGAAGCAGUCUCAGUGCAUGGUGUACCAGUAUGGAAACUUCACUUGGGAACUGGCUGGUGGACAACAUCUCAGUGGAGUAAAUACCCUUGGGGAAAACAUUGCUGAUAAUGGUGGCCUUAGACAAGCAUACAGGGCCUAUCUAAACUAUAUAAAAAAUAAUGGAAAAGAGAGAUUGCUUCCUGGGCUUGACUACACCCAUCAGCAGCUGUUCUUCCUGAACUUUGCACAGGUAUGGUGUGGAACUUACAGGCCAGAAUAUGCUGUCAAUGCUAUUAAAACAGAUGUCCACAGCCCAGGAAGAUUCAGGGUCCUGGGAACAUUGCAGAACACUCCAGAGUUUUCUGAGGCCUUUCAUUGUACUAACUCACAGUACAUGGAUCCUGUGAACAAGUGCCGUGUUUGGUGAUGGAACAGCAAAUGGUGCAACCCAAGAAGGACAAGCUUUCCAGAAAUCUGGAAUGUUUUGAGGGUGUGAGGAGUGGGUUUGCUGUAAAGGAAUCAAGUAUACAAGCAUAUCAAGUGCACUAAAGUGAUGCAUUCUCCAGAAAAUAAAAGAAAAAGAAGAAAGAAAAGAAAAGAAAAGAAAACCUCACUAAGGCAGCAACUGCCAAAAUCACUGGGACUAAACUUGGGAAUGAUAAAUUGCUGCAUACAUCAGGCUUCUUCAUUUUUCAACUAUGUUCCAGUUUAAUUCUGACUCCUUUCCAUCCAGACUGCUGAUUCUUUAACAUGUUUUAGCCUGUUAAUCAACACAUUUGCUUGAAAGUGAGUCCCACCAGUUUUAAUGGCACCUCCUUCCUUGGAAGAAUGCUCACCUUAACCUAUUGUCUUGAAAAUGUGUAAUGAUAUUUCUUACCAGACAAAAGAAGGGAGUACCAUCAUGAACAUGCAACACAGUGAUAUGUCCAUAUUUUAUAUCUAGUGUGGGCUUCUGUAACAUGUCCAAUUAUGGUUCACAUGCUUUAGAUAAUGACUGUUUUAUAAAGGUGGCCUUAGGCACUGCAGGGCCUAGAGUAAAAAGAACCCCUUUAUGGCCCCAAUAUGAGCAUUCUCAGGCACAAUGCACCCAGAAUAUUGUUUCUAUCUAGACAUUCUCACAGAACAACUCCUACAACCCUGGUAGUUGGGGCAGGCAAGAGGUCAUGCAUAAAAACUGCUCACUUCAAAUGCCAUGAGUAUCCCUGUUCACAACAAAAGAGAUGUAAAAUCAGUAGGGUACAGAUGAGUAUUUGCAGUACAUAUAGGGAAGUGCAACAAACUGUGUAAUACCAGGUCGUGUCUGUAAAAUCUGCUUGCAUUUGCCAUUUCU